GGUGCAUCAGCGAAGCGAGAUGCACGAAGAGGCGACGGCAGAAGGCGACGCGGUACAGCUCUCGCGCGACGUCUUGCUGCGCGUGCGGCGCGGUGCCUUGGUGCAUGUCACGCUGACACCUCCCGACGGUUUCGCGCUCUGUGACGAGCCAACGCAAGUGCUCGCGUGGCACGGUGACGUGACGCGCGUCGCGUUUCGGGUCGAGUGCGGUGCGUUCGUAGACGUCGGCCAAGCCAUGUUUACUGCGUCCAUUGUUGUGGGUGCCGAGGUGCUGCGUCUUCGGUCCUAUCUCUUUGUAUCUGCGUCGGCGCUGACAUUGGAUGACACGGCGACAGAAGUCACGUGCGACCUCGAGCGACUGCCGCAGACCUACGAAGAGAUCCCGUUUGGCGACCUCGAGAUGAAGAACCUUGUCGGUCGAGGCAACUUUGGCGACGCGUACCGCGCUCGGUACCGCGGCCAGGACGUCGUGGUCAAGACGCUCCGGCCGAGCGAGUUUGGCGACAACCAAGACCAGAUCGUGCAAGAGUUUCGACACGAAGCCGCGGUGCUCUCGCUGUUUGGGCACCACCCCAACAUUGUGCCGUUUGUGGGUGCGUGCACGGACCUCUCGCAGCCGCUGAGUCUUGUGACCGAGUACUUGCCGUUCGGGAGCCUCGAAGACCAGAGCCGUGAGCACGCGCUCUCGCCUGAGCAAAAAACGCGGCUUCUCUACGAUGCUGCCAAUGGUUUUCUCAACAUCCACGAAGGCGGCUUCAUCCACCGCGACAUUGCCGCUCGGAAUUGCUUGGUGGACGAUGGACUGCGCGCCAAGAUAUGCGACUUUGGCUUGUGCCGGCGCGUGCGUUCGUUCGGCGGGUCGCACUUCCCCGAAGGCAUGGUUCCGCUGAAGUACAUGGCGCCCGAGUCGCUCACCCCACCCCAUGCGUUCUCAUAUCAGUCGGACGCGUACUCGUUUGGCGUCUUGGUCUGGGAAACGUACAUGGAGACACCGCCGUACGCCAACGUGCCGAGCCACUUGGCCGCGGCACGGAUACUGGAAGGCGCGCGGCUGGACGUCGACGCGGCUUCAAUUCCGGCGGUCCACCACGCCCUUCUCGCCGCGUGCUUUCAGGAGGACCCGUCCAAGCGCCCGAGCAUGACCGACAUAGUCCGUCACUUUGCAUCGACGCCGCCGAUCAACUAA